CCCUCCGCUCCCACCGUUCCCAGCAUGCUCCGCCCCUCUCCCUUUCCCUAGCCCGCCUCCGCCCGUGAUGCCCCGCGCUCGGCGGCGGUUUCCAAGACAACGCGUUUCCGGCGUGGCGGCCCUCCAGUGGUCCGAGAUGGGGUGGUGGUAUGUGGUGGUGCCGCUGCUCCUCUUCCUGGGCCAGGAGGCAGCGCAGGGCCCCGACCCGGGAUCUCGCCCUCCGCCCCAGCCCGAGUCUACCCAGGGCCCCGACGCUGGGCCCACUCCGGACCGCGACCCCGGGCCCACCCCGGGCUCCACGGACUACAGGCCCUUGACCCAGGUCAGCGAGCUCGCUGAGUCCUCUUCUCGGUCUCUCCAAACUGAGACCCCGAAGCUCCCGGAGGAGAAGGUGCAUAAUUUCCUGAGGCCCAUCUCGGUCACUAAUGUUUCUACACUGUGUGUGUGUGACCUGUUAGCAGAAGAAUGCGAUAUUAAUUGCUGCUGUGAUCCUGACUGCAGCGCCACAGAUUUCAGUCUUUUCUCAACAUGCUCCAUUCCAAUUGUCUCAGGUGACAGUCAUUUCUGCGUUCAGAAGACAGCCAUAUAUGACAUGAAUUUUACAGCACAUCCACCUACAAGACUAUUUCAGUUAGUUGAGCAAAGCAAUCCAUCUCUUUUCUGCAUCCACACUUUAAACUAUAAAGUUGCAUUAUCCUUUAUUACUCCUGAAUUCCCCAGUGAGAAUAAUUUUGAUAAUUUCUUGAAAAAAUCUAGUAAUUUUGCCAUCACUAAAGAACCAGACAUUUUUCACCCAACUGCUACUAAAUACACGUACGCAGUUCCUGUGCAGACUUCGGAUUCCUUCCUGAGGCUUCCAUCUCCUUUAUUUAACAAUGAGUGCACAGAUCACAAUCCUGUUGGCUUUCUGGUGGACCAGGUCUUUCAAUGUAACAGAAGAAUAAUUAUGGAGAUGUGCAAGGUAGACCAAACUCUCAGUAUGGAUCACUACAGUCAGCCCAAGAUUUUGGCCAGGCCUAAUUCAGGAAGAGAGAUUCCUAUCAAGGUCCUGUUUGUAUUUCUGAAAUCUCUAAAUAAAACAGUGACUCGACUCUCCCAGAUUGAUGACUUUUUGCCGCCUACUUUUGUCACCAUCAAUGGUCUAGAAGUCUGCACUAAUGUUGUUCUUAAGUUAAAGUACAGAAUCACAUACACAGAGGCUGGUGAAAUCACAAAGGCUGAUGUCCGUUUCCUUCUUGGGACAGUCAACAGCUCAAUGCUUCCCAUCCAACAGCAAUUUCAGGUUCAAUUUCUUCAGGAAAACAUCAAGUCAUUCCGUCUCAGUGGCAAUCCAGGUUACCUUCCAGGACUACCAUUAUUAGCUGGAUUUGAGAAGGACUCUGUUAUCAUUCAGAGUAUUAACAGAUAUGGACAAUUUACUAUUUUGCACAGCACACUUCAGCAGGACUGCUUAUUAUUACAAGAACUUCGACAAACAGUAUUUUUUGAUUAUGACGUAAUGAGUGGCUGCAAACUAAGAUUGAAUGAAACUAUCAACUGCCGACUAGUUGCGAAAAGACUGAAAAAUUUACUGAUGGGAAGAAGUUUCCCACAAUAUGUGUCUUCUUUUGGAAAUUCUCAGUCCCACAAUUUGCACGAAUGGGUGCCUAUCCACUUCUCCACUCUUGCACCACUAAAAAGACGGGAGCCGUGUUUGGUUCCAGUGAUCUUUGAGAUCAAAGUGAAGUGGACUAAGUUUGGGUCCUUAAUAAAUCCACAAGCCCAAAUCACCAGUGUUACAGCAAAAAUGAUUUCAUCUUUCUUUUCCCAGACUGAAUUAGCAAAUGGAAGGACAAUAGAGAUUUCUACUAUGGUUAAUUUUGUGGACGUGUCUGCACCUGCAAAAGCAGGUUACAAAGCUAAGCCAACCAUUGAUGCCAAGCUGCCUUCCAAUUUCUUCUUUCCAUUUGUGUGAUAAUGUCAACAACCAGGGAAUCCAGUCCUGAAAUAUGUGAAACAAUUUUGAAAGCAUAUAUUUGGAAAAAUUAAAUUUUAUAUAAACUCAUCCAGCUAUAGCAUUCAUUUUCCAGCAAGGUUAGAGUUGGGAAGAGGAGCAAAGGUAGUUUAUGAAACAUUUGUUACCAAAGGAACUCUCCUAUCAAGUCAAAGAAAAAAGGGAGCUCUUGGAAGGAACUAUGCAACACCUGGUCAUAAUCAAACCUGAGAACAAGUAAAAUGAAGGCUUCAGAUCAUUUCCAGAAGUUACCCUGGAGAUGACCAGGGUUUUUCACAGACAUACACAAGGCCAGUCCAUCAAACAAGACAUUUCUUCUUCAUGUGGUUAAGCAAAUAUUGCCUGGUUGAGUUAUUCAAGAAGUCCAUGAUCUCUCAAUAGUUUGUUAAGUCUUUCAAUUUCUUGUUCCUGUUCCAAAAACAAAGAUCAACUUUACAUUCUGAACAUCCCUGAUGCUCAUAAGUCAGUUACACUCAAGGCGACAUGUCAGUCAUCUUACUUGAGGCUCUCAUUUGUCUUACCUUCUCAGUGCAGCUAAAUUCAAGAUGCUGGAUUUUCGUGGCCAGUUGGUGAUUAAUCAAUUUCAGCCUUGAGAGUUGUCUGUCAGAACGUGUCUUGACUGAAAUAAUUAUGCCUAGAAAUAAUUCAGAGGGCCAGAUGGUGACCUUGGCAUCAAUAUAAUGAGUCCUUUAUACUAGAUUUCUGAUAUACAAAGUACUUUCUAUACAUCAUUGUGUCAGUCCUAUGAGAUAAGUCAUUUAAAAAAUGAUCCACUGAUUAUCAAGAACGUAAACCAUUGAGAGAAAGGACUCCCUAUUCCCCAACAACUACUUGGAAAUCUGGGGAGCUGGUUGGGAGAAAAUAAAUUUAAACAAACAGCUUAUAUUAUAUGCCACAGUGAAUUCCAAGUGAAUGACUUAAACAUAAAAACAUAGAUGAUAACAAAAGUUUAGAGAAUGGAACAGGGUGGGUAUGUCUCACAACUCUGGUUGUUGGAAGAAUUCUUGACCAAAUGAAUGUGGGGGCAGAGUAGGGCAAGUCACCAAGGAUAAAGGAAAUAAUUUUGACUAUAUGCAAUUUUAGAAGCUCUUGAACAAAUGUUAUCAGUUCAAUUUUGAGUAAGAAAAGAUGCCAGUCAGUGAGGAAGAUCUUUAAAUUGAACGUCCUUGAUGCAAGGCUAUAUCCAAGAUAUACAGGGAAUCAACACAAAUAUGUGAUUUGAUAUAUUUCAGAAGAGAUGGUGGUCAAAGGAUAUGACCAAGAAGUUUUCAAAAGAAUCGAGUAAGCUAACAACGACCAUGUAGAAAAAAUGUGAGAAAAAAAUGUGCCAAACUGUUAAUAAGAGAAAAGUCAAUUAAAAUAACUGGCAAAGAUGA